UUCAACUAUCACAUUAUCAUUGACCAUUGUCACACACACACUCACUCCCACAUUGCAAGUUCUAAUACCUUUCUAAGUGAAAGUUUUUCUAUUUUUUCUACCAAGAGAAAAAAGUUUCAUUUUUCUUCUCACAUUAAAAUUUCAUCACACCCCUUUAAAAUUUUCAAUCAUCACAUUAUCAUUGUCAUUGUCAUUAAAUAUUGUCACACCCUCAUAGCAAGUUCUAAAACUUUUCUUAGUGAAAGUUUCAAUUUUUCUUCUCACAUUGAAACUUCACCACACCCCUUAUCUUUAAAAUUUUCUUGCAAGUUCUAAUCUUUCAUCAUGGAAAAACAAGAAAAUUCAAGAAAUGGAUGUUUCUCUAGUUUCAUAAAAGUGUUACUUUGUGCUAGAAAUGAAACUAGUCCACCAGUGUAUCCAUCAGAAAAUGUUGAAACAAUUCAUCACAAAAAAGAUAAACUUUUUGAUGAUUCUAUUACUACCACUCCUGGUGUAGUAGCAAGGUUAAUGGGGUUAGAUUCACUUCCAAGCACCAAAAGGGUUGUUCAAGGAACAACCUUAGAUUCUGUUCCAAGAAGUAAAUCAGUUAACUUUGUUGAUUACUUGCUUGAGUUUGAUAAAAACAUGGGAAGUCACCGACGUGUGAAAACUUCAGCAUCUUUUAGAGAAGUUCCUUCAAUGGUAGAGAAGAAAAAAAGUUUCCUUUUUGUUCUUGAUAUUGAUGAUAAAAAGGGUAAGGUACAAGAAGAAAAUGAUGCAAACUUGAGAAGAAAGAGCAAGGAAACUGUGAGAGUUAAGAAGGAGAAGAAUCAAGGGAAGAACAAGAAAAUUUCUAAGUUAAAAGAUGAACCAAGAAGGGUUCCAUUUUCUUCAUCUUCUUCUAAGUAUAAAUCAAGGGUUAGAGAUUGUAGUAAAGAUAAAGAUUUUUCAAGUGUUUCUACAAGGUGUAAUUGUAGUUAUUAUGGAUAUGGUGGUGAUGCUGGUUCAAGUUCAAGUUCAUGUUCAACUUCUUCAUUGCCUAAUAGACAAAAGAAAGGGUUUGUUGAACCAAAAAUGAGGAACAAGGUGAAAAAACAUGUGUCACCAAAGAAGAUUCAGACAGAACAUAGCAUGGAAAAUCUUAGUCCUGUUUCAGUUCUAGAUGUCAAUGAUUAUGCUUUUCUCUAUGGAGCUGAUUUUUCAGUUACAAGCACCUUGCCUUUAAAGUCAAAAAGGAAAUCUAAAUCUUUAUUGCCAGUGUCCUUGGAAGAAGAUGUUGAAGAGAAAGUAAACAAUAAUAAAGGAUAUGCUCCCCACACUGACAUCAACAGAGAAGCAGAGUAUUACUCAGACUUGAUGUUGAAGCUUCGUUCUUUGACAGAAGAAAGUAUAAGGGAGUCAGAUUGCACAUCAAAGACUCAAAGCUUAGAGGAAAUUUGUAUGGUUUUUGAACAAACCAUUUUUGACCAUUUAGUAUUUGAGUUCUUAAAUGAAGUUGUAUAAUUUUCUAAUUAAAAAUAUUGUCUUCUUUGUCUAUAGAGCAUAUAUAGAUAGAGAUCUUGUGAUAUAUUUUCUUUUUUAAAAAAAUGUAGUCUCUCUGUCUCAAAAA